AUGACAUGGCCGUCUAUCACAUUCCGCAGAGGAAGACGUCUUGCUGGUGGGCAUUGCUCGUCUGCCUUGCACCAAGUGGUGCGUAAUGGAGAGUUCAACGACUUAGAGGCUUCCAUCCGGGGAAAGAUGGAAUUGGCACCAGCUUUUUCUCGCGAGACGGAGGCAAACCCUCCCAGAGGCCACCUGGAUCAUCAUGAAACUCAGUCAAGGCUUCCUUCACCUACGCACUUUGUCAAAUAUGGCGGACCCCUCACACUGCAGCAGCCAAGCAAUAAGAGGCGCUCAUGGGUUUUUUCUCCUCGCAUGUUGGUUAUUCCUGUUGUCAUGUUGGCAUUGACUUAUUGGCUGCUGCGCUGUUUGCACCGCCUCCCCUCCAACCCGAGAGCGGGCGCGCCUCCCAGAGCACUAGCAGGUCAGGAGGAUCAGGCUUGCAUCUCGGCUGCAAGCAAAUCUCCACAUAAUGAAAACGAAGAGGUGAAUGGCGAAGAUUCUGCCGGACCUUGGCGUGUUCUGCCAGGUGCUGUGCGAGGCAGUGGGGGGGGCACGCGAGCACUCGGGCCAUGGGAUCCACAGGCGGCUCCUACGAGAUUCCCUACUAUUCCACACCGGCAGAAUAUUCGUCUUUUUCCAGAAGCCCAAGGUGCCGGAAGUGCCUCUUUGCCAAAGAACUUGAGGCUUCCGCAGCGAAAGCCCCGUGAAGAUACAUACUCUAAAGCGGCGGGUGAGGUUUCACAGACGCGUCGCCAUCUAGUCACUUUGCUUCUAGGUGCACCCGUUGCAAGACUAGCUGAAGAGGGGUCUCUUUAUGAUGAUUUGCGUCAAUGGGAAGGACGGGAGAUGCCGGAAUCAGCGAAAACGCAGGCAACGAACGUGCUCAAGUGGAUGCAAACGAACGCGUCCUUAUGCACCAAAUUGUUAUCUGCCCUCCAGGCCGAUCAGGCCUUUAAUUUGGCUUUCAUAGUGCUAAGAAUAAUUACGUUCGAUUUGGCUGCUCUCUCGCUUGUUCCACGAGACCUCGAGCCUUUGCGUUAUCAAGCGGGUGAAUCUCUUUUAGAUCUUAUUUGGACAGUCCUCCCUAUCAGGGUUGAGAGUCCACAGGCAGAAGCAGUUCGUACAAACAUUAGUGCGAUGGAACGCCUGGUCCUAAACAUCAAGCUUCCAAGGCCCUGUACCGAAACAGUGAAAACACGCAAGCGCAAAUUCAGGACGUUGACACUUCUAACAACAAUGAGGAUCGUGGGCAAAUACUGCACCAAAAGCCUUUCGAGGAUACAAGAGCAUGCGGAGAAGUCUUCUGAAGAGGUGCUUCGGAGAGCUGUGGAUGACGAAAUUAGGAUUUUGACGGCUCUGUGGGAGGAGCACAGGUACCAUCUCAUCCGGGACAGAGUACAUCGGCAUUUUGCCUUAGCCAGCCAGGAAAGGACAGGAGUGUGGCUGCUCAUUCCCAAGGAGGAGGUAGUGAAAGGCACUGAGCCACUCCCCGAAUACAAGGUAUUACUAAAUAGACUCGAUGUCGCCGUAGAAAAGGCUGGAGGCCAGUUGUUGCCUGGUGCACAGCGCAAGCGAACUGCUGCGGAUGGAGCUACUGGAGUCCGCUGUCGAGGUGCCUCACAUGCAGGGCAUAGCUCUGGUAGAGCGGUUGAUGCCCAGAUGUUGUCACAACCGAACUGCAAGAGGGGGGCUACAGCCUCUCAGCACCAGUUCAGCACACCAUAUCAACGGCAUGCAACGCCUCCUUCCUCUGUGCAGAAACCCACAUGGACAGCUUCUCGCGAAUUACCGGGACGACAUCAAGGUGGCCAGCAGCCAGAUUUCCAAGCCCCCAGCUGGUCUCCCCCCAUUCGUUCUGUCACUAAGCCCUUCAUGCGCAGUCCAUUUGCGCCAACCAUUCCACCACAGGGGUUUUGGUCUCAGGGAAGGCGGCAUCUAAUCCCAUCUUGGGAGCAGUUAGUUCGACAGCCUCACCCGCCGGUCCAAGCUGCCCUUUCUAAUGGCCUUCCCACCAGAGACGAGCAGCCUCCUGUGGUGUCCCCGCAAAUGCCACCACAGCCUUUCGCCGGCUCUAUAGAUACAGUUCCUGAACAUCGUGUUCUUCCGCCUGCUCCGCAUAACCGGAACCGCCUAGAUUGGGGGGACACCACUACGUUGUCCUCAGCUGAGGGUACUCGAGAGCGUCCUUACAACCUUCCGCAGGACGAGCUUACCCCUCUUGGGCGACCUCCCACCGUUGGGCCCCCUGACCUGCGUUCGCGUGGGCAAGAGGAACCGUCAGACUCUGUUUAA